AGGAGAUCCAGGUUCGUAAAGGGCCGUGCUCGAGCUGGCUCACAGGAGGGCGGGGCCUCGAGCCCGGGGGCGGGGCCUAGAUCUCGGGGUCCACCCUCGCUGUCUCGCCCACUUGCCUUCACCCGCACCCCCGUUCUUUUCGGUUAUUUUCUGCUACGGCCGUUCCCCGCCCUGCCCUGGGCCCAGGGGGCCGCGGUCUGAACUUGGGUCUGCUGGAGGAGUCGUACCCGACCUCCGUCAGAAAUGGGGAACGUGCAGUCGGAGCCGUCCGCGGGCGGGGGCUCCCGAAAAGAGCAUGCCUCGGACCGCUCCUCCGACUCCCGCCGGACAUCCCUGGUGGAGCCUGAGGUGACCCCCUCCUCCCCGGCCAUGCGCCUGGCUCGCGGGCUGGGCGUCUGGUUCCCUGGCAGCUCCGCGCCCCCGGGACUCCUGGUACCCCCGGUACCCCCGGAGCCCCAGGCCUCACCCUCACCCCUGCCCCUGACCUUAGACCUGCCCUCGCCAGUGACUCCCCCUUCAGAGGAGGCGGCUGCGGCCGCAGUCUCCACACCACCCCCGCCCCCCGUGGGGACCCUGCUGCCCGCGCCGUCUAAGUGGCGAAAACCCCCGGGCACUCCGGUGCCCCGGAUCCGCAGUCUGCUGGAGGCGAGCCAUCGAGGCCAGGGCGACCCUCCGAGCCUCCGUCCGCUGCUGCCGCCGCCCCGGCAACUAACCAAAGAGGACCCCGACCCCGUCCCGAGGGCCCCAUCCCCAACUUUGCCGCCCUUGGAGCCACGGAAGCCGCCACUACCGCCACCUUCCGACCGGCAGCCCCCGGACCGCAGAAUCACUCCUGCUUUGGCCACACCCGCCGCAGCCCCUACAGAAAGCCAGGCCAGGCACGGCAGCGAGGGCCAGACCCCCGGCGGAGCCCGCAGAGGGGCAUCUCCCCAAGCAGGAGAAGGCGAAAUGGCCCGGCCUGUGGCCUCUGAGCCUGGCCUGAGCCUGCUGUGUAAAGUCACCUUCAGUUCAGGGCCCCCUUUGCUCCCUGCGGCAGUGUCGAGUUCCUUAGCGGCCAAAGCCCCACUCGGAGGCGGCGGAGGCGGAGGGCUAUUCGCCUCCGCCUCGGGCGCCAUCUCUUACGCUGAGGUCCUGAAGCAGGGACCCCUGGCUCCUGGGGACACUAGCCCCUCGGGAGAGGUCCCUCGCGGUACUCAGAAAGCAGAGGGCGGUGAUGGAGACGGCGAGGGGUGUUCUGGACUCCCCUCGGCGCCUGCGUCCCAAAGCCGGACGCUCCCGCCGCCACCGUACACCACCUUCCCAGGUUCGAAGCCCAAAUUUGACUGGGUGAGCCCACCCGAUGGCCCUGAACGCCACUUCCGCUUCAAUGGAACUGGCGGAGGCGUAGGGGCGCCCCGACGGCGCGCAGCCACGCUCUCCGGGCCCUGGGGCCUCCCGCCGCCUUCGCCAGAGCAGAUGCAUCCAGCUACCGAGCCCCGAAGGCCCGCACCCGCCUUGCUGGCGCCGCCUAUGUUCAUCUUCCCGGCGCCUACCAAUGGUGAGCCUGUGCGCCCCGGACUUCCCGGGCCACAGGAGUUGCUGCCGCCGCUGCCGCCGCCGCCGCCGCCGCCCACGCCACCACCCACGCCGCCUCCAGCGCCGCCUCCCAUACAGCAGCCGCCCGUGCUCCAGCCAACGCCGCUGCCCGUGGCGCCCCCACCCACCGCAGGCGUUGGCAACUUGGAGCCGGCCGUGGCUCCCGCCCCGGCUCCUGCUCUGCCCCUCGCCUUGGUUGCUGACCAGGCCCCGGCCCCAGCCCCGGCUCCAGUUUCCACCACCGCCGAAACAUCGCCGCCUGCGCCCACGCCCACCAAGUCCCGCAACCGCCGGAACAAGGGUCCCCGCGCAACCCGCGCAGCCCGCGCCGCGCCCCCUGAGGUUGGCGCGCCUGGAAGUGGUCCUCGCGAACGUAUUGCAGCUACAGUGACUGACAGCGCUGGUGGAGCGGGUGGUAGCAGCGGGGCUCCUCCGGCAGGGACGUCUAACUCGGGUGCCCCGCGCCACUGGCCACCCUUCCAGGUGCUUAACUCUUGUCCCUGCAAGUGUUACUGUCGCCACCAGCCACGCCAUCGCCGCCUGCCACGCAACGUGUCUGCCUGGCUGAGCACACCCACCAACCACCUGAGUGAACCACCCUGGGUCUCCACCAUCAAGCUAGCUGGCUCCCUGGUAGCUGGGCUGGAGCACUACGAUUUGCAGGCUACCCAUUCCAACUAAGUGUAGUCUGCUCAGUGUCCUCUGCUUUCCCCUCCUUGACAAUAAAAUAACCAUCCAGAUGCCUA